AUGGCAACCCUCAAUUACACUGGUACCAGCCACUCGUUCUUCAUUCUGCUCGGUAUCCCUGGCCUGGAAGACCAACACGGAUGGAUCUCCCUCCCCUUCUUUGUUUCCUACCUUGUUGCCCUCCUUGGGAAUAGCCUCCUCAUCUUUGUCAUCAUCACUGACCACAGCCUCCACGAACCCAUGUACCUCUUCCUCUGCAUGCUGGCUUUGGCUGACUUUAUCCUGUCUACUACCACUGUGCCCAAGGCCCUGGCUAUAUUCUGGUUUCAUGCAGGAACAAUUUCCCUUGAUGGAUGUGUCACUCAAAUCUUCUUCAUCCAUGCUACUUUCAUUGCUGAAUCAGGGAUUCUGUUGGCAAUGGCAUUUGACCGCUAUGUGGCGAUCUGUGACCCACUGCACUAUAGCACAGUACUCAGUCAUGCAGUGAUCCUAAGGAUUGGCUUGGCUGUGGUCCUGAGAAGCUUCUGUGUGAUUCUCCCAGAUGUGUUCCUGGUGAAACGGCUGCCUUUCUGCCGCAGCAAUCUGCUGCCACAUACCUACUGCGAACACAUGGCUGUUGCCAAGUUUGCUUGUGCUGAUAUUCGUGUCAAUGUCUGGUAUGGCUUGUCUGUCCUUCUUUCCACUGUAGUGCUAGAUGCCUUGCUCAUCUUAGUUUCUUACAGCCGCAUCCUCUAUGCAGUCUUCCACCUCCCCUCCAGAGGAGCUCGGCAAAAGGCUCUGGGUACAUGUGGCUCCCACCUUGGGGUCAUUUCUACGUUUUAUUUGCCUGGAAUUUUUACCAUAAUCACCCAGAGGUUUGGGCAUCAUGUUCCUCUCCAUACCCACAUUCUGCUGGCCAAUGUCUGCAUGCUGGCCCCACCCAUGCUGAAUCCCAUCAUUUAUGGGAUCAAAACCAGGCAGAUUCGAGAGCAUGCACUUAGUAUUUUGUCUUCACAGUGGAAAAAAUGCUGAGUUUGAUCAGAUGGUAUAUUUACCAAUAUAGGGCUUUACAUCUUUUUAUGCCUACGUUGUAGAGACAUGA